UUCUGUUGGGUCGACCUAUGCGAAUAAUCCAUAAAAAUGUACCACCCUUUAACUAACCUUUGACUAAAUAUUGAUAGUGAGCCUCAGGAAGUCAAGCCACAUUAUGUAUGAGUAGUUUUAUUUUGUAUUCAGUUUUGCGGGGCACAGGUUACUUUUUUUGUGCUGAAUCCUUGUUAGCCUGCUACUUUCCAUGCUAGGGUUUUAUACAGUGAUCUGUUAUGGAUGUAGAUAGCAUUGGUCUGAAUGAGGUUCGUCCUGCAGUGUAUCGAGCUGCUCUAAAGCUUCGCUCAUUACAAAAACUAUGUCAGAUGCACCUGGUGUCACUGGAGGAUUUGCGCCCAGUUUUAAAUACUUUAUGUUCUGGGCAAUCAAUGAUAAGUCUUGCUCAAGAAGAUGUAGAGCAGCUUCUAGAAGAGUUAUUCCAGAGCAUUUCACAUGAACUUCCUGGUCAGGCAGUACCUGAAGCCACAGAUCAAACCACGAGGCUUCUCUUUAAACUGUUUGACAGAGAGCAAACCGGGGUUAUUCUGCUCAGGUCUGUGGAGGCCGCGCUGAUCACCCUCUGUGGAGACACUCUCUCAGCUAAACAGAAGGCUCUGUUCCGACUGGCUGAGAGCUACAGUGGGAAUAAGGAGAGCAACAGGGGCUCCAUCAGUCAAAGUGCACUCAGAGUCCUGCUGGAAGACCUCAGCCAGGUUCCUGCAGUGGUUCAAGAAAACCAUGUGUUUGGCCUUGCUGAAACUGCAGUGUCCUCCUGCUUCAAAGGGGUAAUCCGAGCAGAAGUCACUGAAGAGCAUUUUAUUGGCUGGCUACAGUCAGAACCCCGUCUGCUGUUAUGGCUGUCCACUCUUUACAGGAUUUCAGUGAGUGAGGCUGUACAACACAGAGUCCACUGCCAUGUCUGUAAAGCCUUUCCGAUCACUGGCCUCAGGUAUCGCUGUCUGAAAUGCCUGAAUGUACACCUCUGCCAAAGCUGCUUUCUGACUGAGAGACGCACCCGGAAACACAAGCCAUCCCAUCCUGUACUGGAAUAUUGCACUCAGCCAUCAUGGAAGGAGUCAAUAGCAUCACUGGCCUCCAGCGCUCGACAUGCUUUGGUGCCUCGACACACCCGGAGAGAAGCAGAGAGGAAGAGAGCCCUGAGAACAGGGUCUAGUGCCCCCUCUCCAGUACUGCAGUUUGUGGAAGACCCAGACAUGCAUAAUGCUCCUGAAACAAGUCUGACUGCCAGUGCCACCCCUGCUGCGGUUACAGUGCAGUCUAAAGCCCUGCAGACGGAAGAGAUCGAGAUUCCUCAGAGAGACACAACUGAUCUCCAAAUAGACCUCAGUGUUACCCAGAAGGCCAUGAGGGAUCUGCAGAGAGAUAAAUGGCUCCUGGAGAAAGAGUUUCAGGUGUGGAGAGUUGCAGCCCAGUCAGAGCAUGAUUCACUGGAGGACAAAUGCACUGAGCUGAAGACCAUGAUGGAGACGCUCAACCAAAAUAAUCAGCAUCUGGAGGACGAACUUGACAGAGUCAGACAUGUGUUGAGUCGUAGGGCCAGAGAUGAACCCAGAAUUGACUUUCAUUCCCAUUCAGACCUUCAACCAGAACAUGAUGACAGCAUUAGUGAGAACAACUGGACACAACCAGGCUGUUUAAAACCUCAUGACAGCUCCAGUGGAGAAGAGGAGAUUGAGAAGGGGGGAGAAGGAGGAAUAGAAUUGGAGGAGGAGACUCUUUAUGGGGUAUCAGAAGACAUCUCUACGAAUCUAGAUGACACAGAUAGUGUUUUGAACCAGGAUGUCCAGACAGCUUCGGGGCAGCAAGAGGACUUUGAGGAGGAGGGGCUACAGGAGGAACAGGAGGAGGAGGUACUGCUUGAAAGACAGGAUCUUUCUUUAUUCCAUCAGUCCAUGUCGGAUUUAGCACUGGAAGAGCAUUCCGGCUCAGACGAAUCACAGAUGGACGACGAGGAGGAACUUUGUGAGCUUGUACAGCAACUUAGAAAUGAGCUUUCUCUAUAUACAACCACAGGGUCUGUCUUUCUACAGAAGGAAAUGCUAAUGACGGCAGCAGAGGGAGUCAGAGACACAGUUUCUCAUUUUGUCAACUCCGUGAGGACCACCAGUUUGUCAUGAUGGCAGCCAAUUCCCUCACUUCCAACCAGUACAAGCCAAUUUUACAAGCCAAAGUCUCAUCCCAUCACAAGGCUCAUCAUAAAUUUCAAUUUACCAGCUCAAUUCACAAUUUAAUGCAAUCUAAAUCUAAAUAUAAAGAGGUUGCAACUCUUUUUCAAAAUUUACUUUACUAUUUAUUUAUAUUGGUAAUCUAAAUGAGACAUUGGUUAAUAAGAGAGGCACCAGUAUUGACAUUCUGGAUGAUACUGAUAACGCUAUCAUAUUCUUGUUCCUUCAUGAAUAUUUGAUUUUUGAUUUGACUGGUCAAUUGCAAUUCAGUGAUCAAAUUAUUGACAUAACGUCUGUUGUCAAGGGCAAUACAGAAGCGUUCACUUUGCAUUUGGGUCUGUCUGGGUUUAUUUUUUUAGAUGGUUGGCUGACCCUUAAUUAUAACAUUCAUCUAUAGUUAAUAUGUGAUUUUAUAGGCUGUUUUUAAUUGACUUUUAAUACUAGACAUUUUGGAUCUUUUUUAUUUAUUUAAAUAAUGUCCUCAUAAUAUAUUUAGUUUGUUGGACAACAAAUAAACAUUAUCCAUUUUUAUAUUUUGCAUUUAAUACACAGUCAUUUUUUAUAUUCUCAUGUUAUGCAAAACAUAUUCAUACACAUAUUCAUAGAGUGUUUUUUUUUAUUUUAAAGUUGUCAUGAACGUCAUUGUUUUUGUUUUGUUUUGUUUCCUGGGGUGUUCUUGUACUUAUAAUGUUAUGAUUUUUACAUCAAUGAUCAUAAUUUGGAAAUAAAGGGCAUUUUCCUAGUCCA